AUGUCCACCGUUAAAUGCUUAAUAGUAGUAGCUGUAAAGAGACAAUGGCCUCUUUUUCAACUAGAUAUCAAUAAUGCAUUUCUGCAUGGUGACCUGUAUAUGAAGUUACCCUCUGGCCUUUCCCUUUCUGCUGCUAGUUCUUCUACUUCUGCCCCUUUAGGCUAUUCUCAUUCCUUCACUGAUUAUUCUCUUUUUGUCAAGGGUUCUCCUGGGUCUUUCACAGCCUUAGUUGUGUAUGUUGAUGAUAUAAUUCUUACAGGGGAUAAUGCUACUGAAAUCUCUGCCUUGAAACAGUUUCUCCAUACCCAAUUCAAGAUCAAAGACUUGGGUCAGUUAUAUUACUUUUGGGGCAUUGAAAUAUCUUAUUUUCCUUCAGGUCUCCUGUUGAAUCAGAAGAAAUUUGUAUCUGACUUGCUCUCUGAAUAUAAAUGUGAAGAUGUUUCUCCUGUUGCUUGCCCUUUGGAACUUCAUGAGAAGUUAUCGGCUGAUAGUGGCGAAGUCUUGGAUAAACCUGAAUUCUUUCGGAGUUUGGUUGGCAAGUUGCUUUUCUUGACCCAUACUAGGCCGGAUAUAUGUUUUGAUGUACAACAUCUUAGUCAGUUUUUAAAGUGUCCUCGCGUUCCUCAUAUGUUUGUUGCAUUACACAUUCUGAGGUAUCUUAAAUAUACUUUAGAUAUUGGUCUUUUCUACUCCAAUGAUUCUGAUCUCACUGUGAGUGCCUAUGGUGAAAGUUUGAUUGGUUGGAAGUCCAAGAAACAACCUGUUGUCUCUCUUUCUUCUACUGAAGCAGAAUAUCGAGCCAUUAGCAAGGUUAUUGGUGAAUUAACUUGGAUGGUUCGACUCUUGUCUGAUCUACAUGUUCCUGUCUCUCUUCCAAUUUCUGUUUUUUUUUUUAUAAUCAAGUUGCUAUACAUAUUGCUGAGAAUCCGAUCUUCCAUGAACGUACAAAAUAUAUUGAAGUGGAUUGUCACUUUAUUUGCUCCAAGUUGGGUGAAGGCCUGA